AAAAUGUUCUACUUCACAAUUUUCUUUUUGGUCUUGGAGCUUUCCUUCCUUUUCUGCAGUUUAACUGGUCCCAGGUGCUUUAUGAGAACCAAAGACCUAGAAUCAUGGAGUGGAGAUAAAUAUAUUGAUUGUUUUUUUUCUAUUUACACAAAGCAUGGUCACGUGAAUAAUGAACAUUUCAAAAGAAAUUUAGAUGAAAAGUUGACAGAUAAGAAUUUCCACUUGAUUUUAUCUCUUUAUUUUGCACUUGAAGAUGUCAACAAGGACUCUCACAUUCUGCCAAACAUUUCUCUGCUUGUUAAAGUUGAAUGUGGGCUACUUGAUGAUUGGAGGAUGAAUAGGUUAUCUGCAAAAAUUGGUGAAAUUCUUCCUAACUACUGCUGUGUAAAUCAGAGAAGAUAUUUAAUCGUACUUACAGGACCAAUAUGGUUAUCAUCAGCUAUUCUUGGACCACUCCUGUACAUCACAAAUAGACCAGAGCUUUACUAUGGACCAUUUCAUCCUCUCCUGAGCAGACAUGAACAGUUUCCACAUCUAUACCAGAUAGCUCCUAAGGACACAUCUCUGGCCUUGGCCAUGGUGUCUUUGGUGGUAUAUUUCAGGUGGAACUGGGUUGGAGCAAUCAUUUCAGAUGAUGACCUAGGACUUGAGUUUCUCCUGGAAUUGAGAAAAGAGAUGCAAAGAAAUAGUGUGUGCUUAGCCUUUGUGCAUAUUAUUGUGGAGGACAAAAUAUUAUUCCAGAAAAAUGCAAACAUGUAUUAUAAUGAGAUCACAAUGUCAUCAGCAAAAGUUGUUAUCAUUUAUGGAGACAAAGACUCUUAUCUACAAUUCAAUCUUAGACUUUACAAAUUAGCAUACAUUCAGAGAAUAUGGGUUACUACCCAACAGUGGGACUGGAUCACACAAAAUGACAGAUUCCUUAUUGAUUCCUUCUAUGGGACCUUUACUUUUUUAAAUCACCAUCAUGAAUUAUCUGGUUUUAAUACAUUUAUCAUAACAGCAGCUCCUUCCAAAUACAAAAAUGGUGUUCACCUUUCUAAAUUAUCUUGGCUAUAUUUUAAUUGUUCUUUGUCAUCAUUUGGUUGUAAGAAUCUGAAGAAUUGCUCAAUGGAAACACGAUUGCAUUGGUUAUUCAAACAUUAUUUUGAAAUUUCUGUGAGUGGUACAGGUUAUGUCCUUUACAAUACUGUGCAUGCUGUGGCACAUGCACUCCAUAAGAUGCUGUUGCAAGAAGUAAACAUAUGGCCAAAGAAUUCUGAGAAAAGUCUGGAAUUUGACUCUUGGCAGAUGGUUCAUUUCCUGAAGAACAUUCAAUUUAUUAACCCUGUUGGAGACCAAGUGAACAUGAACCAGAAAGAAAACCGGGAUGUAGAAUACAACAUUCACUACACUAUGGAUUUUGUGCCAAAUGUUGGACUUAAGGUGAAUGUAGGAAAGUUUUCCAAACAUUUGCCACGUGGUCAACAAUUGUAUAUGUCUGAAGAGAUGAUAGAGUGGAACAUAAACCUUAGGCAGACUCCAUCUUCAAUAUGCAAUAUGCCUUGCAGUCCAGGAUUCAGAAAAUCCUCUCAGCCAGGGAAGGCAGUCUGCUGUUUUGAUUGUACCCCUUGCCCAGAGAAUGAAAUUUCCAACAUGACAGACAUGAAUCACUGUGUGAAAUGCUCAGAUGAUCAGUAUGCCAACCCUGGAGGAAUACACUGUCUCAAAAAAGUUGUGACAUUUCUGAGUUAUGAAGACCCUUUGGGAAUGUCUCUAGCCUGCUUGGCUCUAUGCUUUUCUAUUCUUACAGGUAUAAUACUUGGUGUCUUUUUGAAGCACAAGGACACUCCCACAGUCAAGGCCAAUAACCGAGCUCUCAGCUAUGUUCUACUCAUCUCCCUCAUCUUUUGCUUUCUCUGUUCCUUGCUCUUCAUUGGCGAACCCAAUAUGGCCACAUGCUUCAUGCAGCAGACCAUAUUUGCAGUAGUGUUCACUGUGGCUGCUUCUGCUGUCUUGGCGAAGACAAUUACAGUAGUACUGGCCUUCAAAGUUACUACUCCAGGUAGAAGGAUGAGGUGGUUGCUUGUGUCAGGGGCUCCUAAACUCAUCAUUCCAAUUUGUACCAUGAUUCAAAUGAUUCUAUGUGGGAUCUGGCUGGGUACUUAUCCUCCCUUUGUUGAGGCUGAUGUGUAUGCUGAAAAGGGCCAUAUUUUGAUUGUCUGUAACAUAGGGUCAAUUUUUGUCUUCUAUUGUGUCCUGGGGUACUUGUGGUUCAUUGCCAUGGGAAGUUUCACUGCAGCAUUCUUGGCCAGGAAUCUGCCUGACACAUUCAAUGAAGCCAAGUACCUGACAUUCAGCAUGCUGGUGUUCUGCAGUGUCUGGAUCACCUUCCUUCCUGUCUACCACAGCACCAAAGGGAAGGCUAUGGUGGCCGUGGAGGUCUUCUGUAUUUUGGCCUCCAGUGCAGGGCUGCUUCUUUGCAUCUUUGCCCCAAAGUGCUUCAUUAUUUUGUUAAGACCUGAGAGAAAUUCUUUUCAAAAGUUCAGGAAUGUGCAUUGUAAAAUUGAAAAUACUCAUUAA